AUGGCGUUAGUAGAGGGUUUUGGUGAUGAAGUUAUUCAGUUUUUUGGUAUACUAUUCGUUGUUGUGCUAAUCGUAUUACUAUGGAUGUCUACACAAGUGGCCGAAAUGCAAAUAUUCCGUGGUGCUGUUUUCAUUUUGGAAAGGCGUACAAGAAGACGACACCAUGAUGCUACAAGGGCUGCACCUUUAGUUCCUAAUCAAUCUAUUAGCGAACAAUCAGCAACGGAAACCGUUCCAUUAAAUGAUGUGAUUCAAACAAAUUCAACUUUAAGCAAUGAUAAUCCUGAUAAUAAAAAUGAUAAUCCUGUUGCUACAAAAAGUGAUGUGACUGAACAGUUCGAUGAAUCUAGUCAAAGCAAUGAUACCAAUGAUAUUGAAAAUGAACCACAGAUAUAUGAAGACUCUAUAAGAAUACGACUGAAGUAUUUAAAUGACAAUUGUCGUUUAGUUCAAGGCAGGCUACAAGAAACUAUUGGAGUUUUCAAAAGGAGACAUUUUACUAAUGAGUUAACAUCCAAUAAAAUUAUCCGUUUGAUAUUUCAAGGAAAGGUAUUACAUGAUGAUGAAGCUUCACUGAGUAGUUGUGGUCUUCAUGAUAACUGUGUUGUACACUGCCUUAUACAUCAGCCACGUCCUACAUCUAAUGCUCAGCAAACCCCUGAUCCUGUAAACCAAGAUACUGCUGAGCAACCACUACCAAACACGAUACGUCAUGGUCAGCGUCAACCUGGUGGUCCAGUUCAACGUGAAUGGAACUUGGCAACAUUGUUAUCUGCUUUAAUCACAAUAAUAAUAUCAUUACUUUGGUAUGCCCGAAUCCAGUUCUACACAUUGUUCUCUUAUACAUCUACGGGUACACUGGGAAUAUUAACUGCAAUUUUUUUAUUCACUGCCUUUCUCACUUAUUUGGUGGACAGCGAAGAGCAACAACAUCAUCUACCACAAUUAAGACACAAUUAG